UUACCUGAUGUGACGAAUCCUACAACUCGUCCACAGCUGCUUUCUGCUGGGUUAUCUCAGGCAUCGGGAAAACUCUUGGCUGCGCUUCUAGCCGCCAUUCCCGGUACUGGCAAACACCCAGACCCUAGCACUGCUGCUACAGUUCAGAUUCAGAUGUCACGAACUUUGGCUUCAUUGCUUAGCUUUGCCAAGGUAUAUAAAAAUUCUGAAUUGAGAUUAAGUUAA